AUGGCUCUUCCCAUUACUCCACCGGAUCCACUUGGGGACCCCCCCUCAACUUUCGGCUCACCCUCACCUCACUCCACCACCCCAUCCAGCCCCACCACCUCACAACGCACGUACUUGGUCGCUGCUACUCUCGCACCUACUGCUCUUCUUCCUCACCAACCUCGUAUCAUAUAUGGCGAUUCCAUUGAUGGGUUACCACGCAUCUGGCGUGCUGGCACUGCACCCCACACUGUUUGUUAUAACGCUCCUCUUCCCACUUCUCCUCUCCACAAUGCCUUCUGGCAUGCCCUGAAAAGCUCUGCUUUUGCAGACUCUAUCGUAAAAGUUACUCUUCCCAGUCGUUCUGCUCCUACUGCUCUCGAGGUCCAAUUCCUCGACGCUGCUUCCUGUGCUAUUGCGUGCGUGCAUCCUAUUUUUGUUUCUGAUCAACACUUCCCAGCCUGUAUUGCCGUUGCUCCUGGUCGCAAGGUAUAUCGGGUAACAUUGUCUCGACUCCCUGGUGUUCGUUAUACUGAUUUAGUAACUGGACUUCAACGGUGCCUUGCCCCUUUCGGAAUUGUACGCGAAAUUGUGGUCCACGAGAGUUAUACCUUUUUCGAUGGCACUGGCAGUGUCCUCCUUGAACGACCCGACCCACCAGCUCAGCAAGUCGCCAAGCUUGCCUACGAGAUUUCUUACAACGACAACACUGCCAUCCUUGGAGAAUGGGCACAUAUGGGCUCCCAUUGCAAAUACUGCAAACAAAUGGGCCACGACAUUGAUGCCUAUCCUGCACGCUCUUCAGAAACACGCACCUGUCACAGCUGCAACAAGCCUGGCCAUUUGCAAGCUAACUGUCCCCACGUCUCCAAACCUGCUUCAUCUUCUCUUCUGCCAAUUGAACCACAACGCAAAGCCAAGGUAGUCAACCAUGCUGAAGAGGAAACACCAUCCGACAACACUGCCUAUAUUGUAGAUCCUGAAGACGACACAAUGCUUGACGCCCUUCCAGAACAGGUAAAUUCUGACAAAGCCCAAUUGCAACAGGAGCCUGAGAAGGCUGCCGAUGAGCAGGCUCUCCUGGAGGCUAUUCAGGCUACUGAAACUGAAAGAGUACGUCGUCUUACCCGACAUACGCCCAACCGCAACAUGAGACGCAGUCUUUCCACGUCCCCCACACGCAGGAACACUGCCUCUCGUAACUCUUCGCUCUCCCCUCCACCCCGGUUCACCCGUCAAGCCCUCGGCACAGAGGCCAAAUCUAACCAAUGA